GUUUAUAUUGGCGACGUGAGUGCAGGGAGUGGAUGUCGAUUUCAAGCAGGGCUGCUUUCGGAAAGAGCUGGUUUUAUACUUAUGUUCGGCCUUAACCUAGAUUGCCUGUCUAGUAUACCGCAUGAUGGUUCCAGGCUAGCAUUCAGAACUGUGAUGUGAUGGCGAACUGCAUGGUGGAACUUCACAUCUGGUCUCUGAAAUCAUCGAUUACAAUUCGAGACAUUGAUGUCGGUUGUCACACGUAUCACGAUAAAGGAGAAACAGUUGUUUCGGGAUAUCUAGACCAGAAGCAGCAGUAUUCAGAAAGUAGAGACUUGUUAUGGAUGCCCAAGAACAGACGGCCGGACAAGUUGAGAGAUCUUCUGAAGGAAACUGAGGAUUUGUUGGCUGCCAACCAGGUCGUCUUCACAAGAUGGAAGUCAAGAAGACAACUUCAGGUGAUGCUGAGUAAUUGUAUCCUACUGUCUUUCCAAGUGUCUGCUCACAGCGGUGAUGUUGAGCGAAUCCUAAUUGACAGAUCUCUUCAAGGCAAAUUCUGCUCGGAGACGAUCAAUAAUGCUGUCGUUACAGAGUCUUUCAUUGUCUGCACCUUCCCAGACAAACCAAAACUUGGGUUUGCUUUCUUCACCAAGAGGCCCAACUCGGGACAAGACUUUUCAAAGAAAAUAGACAAGAUUUCCACCUACGAUCCUAAGGUGACACAUACAGACCUGUCUGGUAUGAAGAUGAAACGUGACAGGAAGCUAUCGGUUAACGUCAACCAGGAAUGGGUUUUAGUGUGGUAUAGCAUAGGUCGAGAUGAUACAUCAGCGUGGCCAUGGUCACCAAUGACUAGUGAUAAAGAGAGGGCAAACCUUUUCCUGUAUGGAGUCAAUGGGUCGAAGCUAGAAGAGCUGUGUUUUGUUAGCACCGAGUAUGAGCCUCUCAGCGUUUCAUUUAGUUUGAUUCAGCCAAGACACAUUUACACCUUGGAGGAAGUUUCCUCAUCUUCAUCGGGUGAUUACAACGUAGAUACCUGCAUCUAUGAGUGCUCUAAGAUGAGGAUUCAAAGAGCCACUGUAACCACAAUUCCAUUGAAAGCUAAAGUUGUCACUCAUGGUCGAAAUCACUGUGAAGACAAACUGAUUCUGGGUUGCUCCGACGGCAAAUUGGUGCUUUAUGAUGAGAGCAAACGCGUGACUCAAAUUGUGCAGUCAGAUUUGAUGCCGUCUCUUAUCACAUGGCACCCAGAAGGCUCUCUUGUCUUUGUGUCUGGCACCAAGGCGGAAAUUCAGUGUUUUGACAUGGCCUUGAAUCCUCUCAAUCUACUGACUGUUGGAGAGAACUGCCGGAGUCUACCAACAUUUCAAGUCUCUAAAUAUUUCAGGUCCCCAGUCACUAUUGGUACAUUGCAAUGGAGCCGUUCCUCCAAUUUUUCUGACUGUAUUGCCGAUGCACAAGACUCUCUUUUCCUCAUUUUGGAUGGUGGGCCAGUAACCAUACUACAGUUGCAUCUAGGUGUGUUGAGCAGAGGGCAGCUAGGGCCUCAGGAAUUGAUUCAACAGUACUUACAUCAUCAACAAAUCAAUGAGGCCGUUAACCUUCUGAAUGUAAUGAAUUGGAAUACAGACAGUGGGAGUUGUUAUACCUGCUUAACCUCCAUCGUUAAUUAUCUCUUAAAAGUACCUCUAAACCCAGACCGAGAAGCUGCUUUGGAGGCUAGUUUGGGCAGUUUCUACGCCCCUCUGAGACCCCUCUCCGAAGUAAUUGUUGUGGAUUACCGUGACCCCAUCAGCCGCCUGGCGAGAAGAUUCUUCCAUCACCUCUUGAGAUAUCAGAGGUUUGAGAAGGCAUUCCUGCUGGCCGUGGACCUCCACUCAAGAGACCUGUUCAUGGACAUUCAUUAUCUUGCAUUGGACAAAGGUGAAAUGGCCCUUGCAACGGUUGCUAAACAGAAAGCUGAUGAGAUAGAGCAAGAAAUGCCGUCAGAGUCAGACAAUUAUGACUCGCUGAGCGAUUCCAUAGAUGAGGAUGAUUUCUCCAGUGAUUCUUACAGCAGCGUGAGUAAUGAAGACGACCAAUCACCGACAGGAACAGACAGAACUGACGGUUUAUCCAGUCGGACUGAAAAGCCCAACUCCGCAACUGGUGACUCUUCAGAGAUACUUAGAGCAGGUAGACAUGUUGAGAAGGAGGCUUGGUACCAGGCUGAAGGUCAAAUAGAUGUUGCGUAUGGGCUGGGUUCUGAUUUGGAAGACGUUCAUCUGGACCCAGCUCAGGAUCUAGCCAGUAUCCCUGGGGAGGUCUACACGAAGGUGCUGACAGAUAAUCCCUUCGGCUGGGAACGACAAAAUACUCCUGAUAGCCAGAAAGGUGAGGAUUUAUCGAGGAGAAGGACCGAGGAAGAAGAGGUAGCUGAAGGAGGAGACAGAGGAGGAGCGGGCAAAGCGAAGACAGUGAAAGUCAUCCAUUUUGGGAUGGUCUGAGGCUGCUCUCUUAGAUCUUCAUUUUCAGAGCAACACCUUUCCUGCAAAAUGUCCUUCUCGGUUUUGUAGACACAGUAACUCAGUGACAUUCAAAUGUUUAGAAUUCUCUUCGUCCAAAACAACUGAAAGACUGAGAACAGUAUUUUUUUAUUUCUCUCAAAUGUGUUGGUUGGUCUUUAUAGCAACGUAGGCCUGAGGAACAUGACAGACUCAUUGCGACCCUUUUGAUGAUGGAGCUCACUCCUCUGCCUGCCUAAAGCUAACCAAUUGGCUGAGGCCAGGUACAUGCCUGUAAGCCCCUCAUUCACUCCAUCGGUCAGUGGAGUAUUUGUAUCAAAAGAAUAAUAUCUAUGUUUAAAAUCAUUUUUCUAAAAGAAUUGUCACUUCGGCACAGCUCCCCACUUUUUACUAAAUGUACAUAAAAUCAUAGUUAAAGCAUUUCAUAUUGUAUACAUUUUAUGUUUAGUGUCUAUGCCGAGCUUAAAGAAGUUAAGAUUUGAUGGUUGAGUUUUCAAAAUAUGGGAUUGAAUCAAGGGUAUAAUGCUUCUCAUCAGGAGUAAAUAGUACCUGCGAGGGUAUCGACCUUUACCAUGCUGCCUCCAUCUUGGUCAUGAACCAGACUGUUUUGUUCUUCCAGCCUCGGAAUGGUUAUCGUUGAUAUCGAUGGGGAAAUUUCUAGAUGGCUGCACCAAGAUAAAAGUCUGUAGAGAUGGUUGAUGUAAUUGGAAACAAUUUGGUUUGUGGUUUGGCACGAGAUCCUGUCUCCCCCCCCCCCAUGGCGUAUAGUGUACAAACUACUUCUGAUAGCGCCCUCUUUUGAUCAUCUUCCUUUAUCCCACGUUUACUUCCAAUUGUGGGGGACAGAAUCUCUAGCGGACAGAUGUCCCUUGGACAAGGUCGCUGCACACUCCACUGUUUAGUUCAGAGAUUGUUUCAGGAAAGCUUGAGACCCAAAUGAACAGGGCGUCAUGUGCGUGGUGGAAGGACAUAACCGGUGAAAGGUAUUUAAAGGCAGUGGACACUAUUGGUAAUUACUCAAAAUAUUUAUUAGCAUAAAACCUUUCUUGGUGACGACGAGUA